AUGAAGCGGCUCAAAAGCCACAAGGGGCGUCGUGCGCUAUAUGACAAGGAUACUUUCACCUCUUCCACCGACAAGCAUAGUUCUAGGACCCUCAUUCCUUGUCUGUAUAUCCUGUCCUUGAGCCUCGCGAAGGUCUCACGGUCGUGUUAUGCGAGAUCUAUCAGCAUGGCCUCGAGAUCUUUUCAACUGUGUGAGAACGCGGCUCGCUGGUCUUGGAGCCGAUGA